GGUAACAUUCCAGUCCCUGAGAACUCUCCCACAGGGUGCAGGACUAUCUGCUCAUAUUCUGGUUAACAAUUUACCACUUUCACAUCUUUUCCCUAUCAUCUUCCUGGUUUUGUUCAGUAUCAUAUACUGAAAGAGCAACUUCCCGCAUCUCACAAAAAGCAAACUCAUCUUUCUACUGUAUCCUCUAAAAAGUUACUUAAGAAGGGGAUAUAAGGGUCCCUUAAAACCUUAUGUAUGAAGCCAUCAAAAGCACAGCAGUUCCCCGAGGCAAGAAUACAGUGACUCCCUGCAGGUAACUCUGCCUCAGACAUACCUCCCCCUAUUUCUCUUCUUUUCACCUUUUAAAUGUGUGAUUUGAUAAAAGCCUUUGAUGAUGUAAAAACACACACCUGGACUUUCAGGAAUAAAACGACGAACACCACAGUGAAAUAAUAAGAGAGUCUUGACCUUCCAAAAGUCACGUUCUCGUUGGAACAGGGGGGAAUGCAGGAAAUGUACGUGUUCAACAUGAGAAGAGUUUCCAGGAAAGCAGAAUUUAUUUAUUUAUUUUUUUAACUGACAAGUCAGAAUGAAAGCGCAACUGACUUCCAGAUGAGGGUGUGGUGCUUGAAGACAAAAUAUAAUGUGUCAGACCAAUUCAGAUCAUUUCACUGAAGCACAUCUCAAUUGCAGUACCUGCUACUAGUCUCCUGACAAAAGCUUUGCCAUGCGCUGGAAUAUGAAUAACUCAACUGAUUACUGGAUUGAGGAUGACGAGGAUGAUCCCAACUCUGUUAUAGAUUACAAUGCGUAUGAGCUUCUCUGUGAAAAAAGCGAUGUGAGAAAUUUCACUAAAUUAUUCCUCCCGGUGUUCUAUGCAUUGGCUUUCACUACUGGAGUUGCUGGAAAUUCAUUAGUGGUUGCAAUUUAUGCCUACUGCAAGAAACCAAAGACUAAGACGGAUGUGUACAUCAUGCAUCUAGCCAUUGCUGAUUUGCUCUUGCUCUUUACACUCCCUUUUUGGGCUGCAAAUGCAGUGCAGGGAUGGGAACUUGGAAACUCAAUGUGCAAGCUCACCUCUUCUCUGUACACCAUGAAUUUCAGCUCUAGCAUGCUGUUCCUGGCCUGUAUCAGUGUGGAUAGAUACAGGGCUGCUUCUGAAUCCCGGCGUCAUACAAGAAUUUACUGUAAACACUGCAGUGUUACCUGCAUCUGUGUCUGGCUGGCUGCCAUUUUCCUCAGUAUCCCUGAACUGGUAUUUAAUCAAGUCAAGAAACACAAUGACAGGAAUGAAUGCCUUCCUGUGUUUCCAAUGAACAUGGAAACACUCUUAAAAGCAACCAUUCAAAUCCUGGAAAUUAUCCUGGAAUUUCUGCUUCCUUUCCUAGUAAUGCUGAUCUGCUAUUCAGCUACUGCUCGAGCAAUCUUUAGAUCUGCAAAUGCUAAAAAAUCUAGACCUUUCAUGGUUUUGCUGGCAGUAGUGGCUACUUUCAUUAUGACCCAGCUACCUUACAACAUUGUUAAGUUCUGGCGAGCCAUAGAUAUUAUCUACAUGUUGAUUACUGACUGUGAUGCAAGUAAAACCAUAGAUGUUGCACUCCAGGUCACCAAGAGUAUAGCUUUGUUUCACACCUGCCUGAACCCUCUUCUCUAUGCCUUUCUGGGUGCCUCUUUUAAAAUGCAUGUUAUGAAAAUCGCAAAAAAUUAUGGAUACUGGAGAAGACAACAACAGAAUAGAAGACCUGAAGAAAUUUCUAUGACUUUUGAAGACCAUACUGAGGAAACAAUUAGUUUCACUAUAUAGACUCUUCAUUACUUUCAUUAUCUUAUAUAACCAAGGGAAUUAUUUACUAAUUCUGGGGGUAUUAUUUCAGCAGCUGUUUCUCUGCAACUCAGUUUUUAGAUGAAUUUCUGAAUCUGCAGACUAGCCAAGACACUACAGUGCAGUUCAAAGUGGAACAUGUUGAUCAAAAUUAAGCAUCAGGCAAGAACUAAAUACUGAAAAUCCUAGAAACAACUAGAGAUAUUUACUUAAAAAAUACCCAAACAAAAAACAAAACAAAAAAAAAAAAAAAAAAAAAAAAAAAAACACCACACCCACUACAAAACCCAAACACGUAAAAACCCCAAGAUUUAAGUGUCACAGUACUAGGCAAUUAAAUAUCUGUCUAAUGAACGAUCUGUACAUGUCUAAAAACCAAAUUAAGACAGAAAAAGAAACCAUCAGCAAUAAAACAGCAGUACAGGAAGUUUUGCACAAGAGGUUAAUAAUCUUGUGUUUCUCCAACUAUUUUGUAAAACUUUAGAACGUUUGCCUAAUAAGUCAGUUCCAUUUUUUCCCUCAGCUAUCAUUCCAUAGAUGCUCCUGCAGAUUGAAAUGUGGUAUAAGUUCAUGGUUGAGAAUCCAGAGAGAGAAAUAGUGGAGAAAAAAAGCCAUUCUCUAUGUGUUUCCACAUAUGUAUUGCAACAAUAUCCUCCACAAAAUACAGUAACUCCUUCUCUGUAACUACCAAAAAUGACCUUUCACCUCUCCUUUUCCACUCACACUAAACUUCAACAAGCCCAGUGCCCUGUGGGAGGCACAUUCUAGAUCUCUGUAAAUGCAAAAGCAUUAGCAGAAAUGUAAGAAAAAGUUAAGUUAAUCUUCAGAUACAGGACCUGGAGUUUCCAGUCAGAAUUUGUAAAAUGAUCAAACACUGCAAUAACUGAAUUUGCUAAAAUACAUGGAGAUAAAAUAAAAUCGAAGAAAACAA